CUGGAAAGUCUUGCACCCGUUGAACAACUGUGUAGUAAACAGAAUUAUCAUUGAAGAAACCUCCCAAUUUUGAGACAUUGAGUUAAAAAAGCUGCUCCUUGUUCAACUAUGUUCAAGAUCAAUAUUUGUCUUCUUCUUUUCCUCUCUUUGCUCAAAUUUUCUGAAGCAGAGACUUGGAUUAGAUCAGGUUACUGGUAUUCAGGCAGUGAAUUUCCAGUUCCAGACAUCAACUCAGAGCUGUUUACACAUCUAGUUUGCGCUUUUGCACAUAUUAAUACAUCGAGUUAUGAGAUCAAUAUUUCACCAUCUGAUGAACCAUACAUGUCUACGUUCACAGAGAUUGUUCGGAGAAAGAAUCCGUCGGCCAAGACACUUUUGUCCAUCUGGGCUGGAGCUAAUAGCUCUUCAACAUUUUUUGACAUGAUCAGUCGAUCAUCGAGCAGGAGGGCGUUCAUUGAAUCUUCAAUAACGGCCGCCAGGGAACAUGGAUUCAUGGGACUCGAUCUGUUCGAUGUUUUUCCAAGUACACCUGCCAAUAUGACCAAUAUGGAAAGUUUUCUUGAUGAAUGGAAAGAAGCUAUAGAUUCUGAACCAAAGCACACUGAUACUUCACCUUUGAUAUUGACUAUGGGAGCUAAAUAUUUGCCGGUCAUGGAAUCCACGAUCUACCCUCUAAACGCGAUACGCAGAACGUUUGAUUGGGUGCAUGUCCUGUCAUUUGACUAUCAUCUGCCAUCAAAAGAUAGAUUCACAGGAGCACAUGCUGCUUUAUAUGAUCCAUCAAGCAAUCUAAGUACAGAUUAUGGGAUAAAUGAAUGGAUUCGUAGAGGAUUACCUGCCAACAAACUGGUUCUUGGGUUGCCAUACCAUGGAUAUGCGUGGACGUUAGUAAACCCCAAUGAUUAUGGAAUAGGCGCACCAGCAAAAGGCGUGGCCAUGACUCCGGAUGGCUCUAUCAGCUACCGACACAUUAAGUGGUACCUUAACAGCUACGGAGUUCAACCGACGUUUAACUCCACAUAUGUGGUGAACUACUGUAAGAUUGGUUCGUUCUGGAUUGGUUUCGAUGAUGUAGAAGUAGUUAAGAUUAAAGUUUCUUAUGCAAAGCAGAAGGGCCUUCUUGGUUACAGUGUGUUUCAAGUACCCAACGACGAUAUGGAUUGGACUCUUUCCAGAACAGCAAAAGAAGAAGAGGAAGAUCAAAACCUCAAACACGAACUACGGGUGAUUCUGCUAUCGACAACAUUUGCAGCCAUUCUCCUACUUGGGACAAUACUAUGCUGCCUGAAAAGAAAAUUUAUAAUGUCGAAAGUGAAAGGAAAAGCAGCUUCAGGAAAAACAAAAGAGUGGUCUAAUCUGCAAGUCUUCAGUUUCACUCAGAUAGCAGCAGCAACAGAUAAUUUUUCAUGUGAAAACAAGCUUGGCGAGGGUGGAUUUGGAUCUGUGUAUAAGGGUGAAUUGAACAAUGGACUUCAGAUUGCUAUAAAAAGACUUUCAAAAGGUUCUACACAAGGGACAGAGGAACUCAAGAAUGAGCUUGCACUUACAACAAGAUUACAACAUGUCAACUUGGUGAAAGUUCUUGGAAUCUGUACAGAAAGGGAAGAACAGAUGCUCGUGUACGAGUACAUGCCGAAUAGGAGCUUGGAUAUGUACCUCUUUGAUCCGGUAAAGCGGUUGUGCUUAGAUUGGCAGAAACGAGUUCAGAUCAUUGACGGUGUUACUCAAGGCCUAUUGUAUCUGCAGGAGUACUCACAAGUCACGAUAAUUCACAGAGACUUGAAAGCUAGCAACAUUUUACUGGACAAAGAAAUGAAACCGAAAAUAUCAGAUUUUGGAAUAGCUAGAAUUUUCCAGAAGGACGAAAAUGCAGCAAGCACACGCAGGAUUAUUGGAACAUAUGGUUAUGUUCCACCAGAGUAUGUAAAAGGAGGAAUAUACUCAAGAAAGUACGAUGUCUAUAGUUUUGGCGUACUAUUACUACAGAUCAUAAGUGGGAAGAAGACAUCAUGUCUAUAUGGUGUGCACAAGAAUAUAAAUCUUUUACAGCAUGCAUACGAGCUUUGGAGAAAUGACAAUAGCAUUGAUUUCAUGGAUCCAUCUUUGGACGAUACUAGCUCGACAUGCAAAAUGAAGACGUGCAUGCAAGUCGCUCUGUUAUGUGUCCAAGAAAGAUGGCAAGAUAGGCCGUCUAUGCUGGAGGUCUCGUCAAUGCUCAAAAAUGAGACAGAUAGUGUGCCGGUCCCUAACAUGCCGGCUUUCUCAACAUGCAGAAGUCCAGAUAGUCAAAAUAUAUGCAGUUCUAUAGAACGUUGUUCAGCCAAUAUGUUGACAAUUACCCAAGAAAUACCUCGGUGAUGUUUGAAGCUUCUACUAAGAAUUAAUUUUGAAUGCUUCUUUCCGAUACCUAUUCUAUUAGGUUCUUUCCUAUUUUAAGAUGUAUAAAUGGGUUAAGUUAUCAGUAAAAGAUCAGCCUUCACUUGAUUAA